GGGAGAGGAGGCCCAGGUGGGUGAGCAGCGAGCGCCUGCCCCCGAAAGCCCGGUGCCCCGGUCAUGGGGAGACAGGUGAGGCUGCCGCCGGGGGAGCCCUGCCGAGAAGGCUAUGUGCUGUCUCUGGUCUGUCCCAACUCCUCCCAGGCUUGGUGUGAGAUCACAAAUGUGUCACAGCUGCUGGCUUCUCCUGUCCUCUACACGAACCUGAAUUCCAGCAUAACCAACUUGAGCAUUUCGGCAAAUGUAGAAAACAAAUACAGUCUUUAUGUGGGCUUGGCACUGGCUAUAAGUUCCAGUAUUUUUAUUGGCUCCAGCUUCAUACUGAAAAAGAAGGGUCUCCUGCAAUUGGCCAACAAGGGUGUGACCAGAGCAGGACAAGGUGGACAUUCUUACCUCAAGGAGUGGCUGUGGUGGGCAGGAUUGCUGUCAAUGGGAGCAGGAGAAGCCGUAAAUUUUGCAGCUUAUGCAUUUGCACCGGCCACCUUGGUCACCCCACUGGGCGCUCUGAGUGUUCUCAUAAGUGCAAUAUUAUCUUCCUAUUUUUUAAAUGAGCACCUGAAUAUUCAUGGAAAAAUGGGCUGCAUAUUAAGCAUAUUGGGGUCAACUGUGAUGGUUAUCCAUGCCCCACAAGAAGAGGAGGUUACUUCUUUACAUGAAAUGGAAAUGAAAUUGAGAGACCCAGGAUUUAUUUCCUUUGCUGUGAUUGUAACUACAUUUUCCUUGGUGCUGAUUUUGAUCGUGGCUCCCAAGAAAGGAGAGACCAAUAUAUUGGUCUACAUUUCAAUCUGUUCUUUGAUUGGAGCAUUUUCAGUUUCUUCAGUCAAGGGCCUGGGAAUUGCCAUUAAAGAACUACUAGAAUGGAAGCCAGUUUACAAGAAUCCUCUGGUCUUUGUUUUGCUGACAGUACUUGUGCUUUCAGUAACUACACAGAUUAACUAUCUCAACAAAGCACUGGACACAUUUAACACAUCUCUUGUGACUCCCAUUUAUUACGUGCUCUUCACAACCAUGGUAGUGACUUGCUCUGCCAUCUUAUUCCAGGAAUGGUAUAGUAUGAAAGCUGGAGAUAUCAUAGGGACCCUGAGUGGGUUCUUCACCGUUAUCAGUGGCAUCUUCCUUCUCCAUGCAUUUAAAAAUACUGACAUUACCUGGAAGGAGCUGACAUCCACUACCAAGAAAGAAGUCCUUUCUCCAAGUGGCAAUGAGAAUAGUUAUGCUUUACUAGAGAACACGGAUUGUCCAACCUCAGGAUAUGAUGAUGAUGUUACUUUGUUCAGCAGGACUGAUGGUCAAAGCCUUUACAAUCCCUGAAUUUUAACUAAUAUGAGACACUCAGAGAGGAGAAGGAAGACUUAUUCUUGGAAGGACUCCUGGGAA